CGGGCACAUAAAAACUUGGGUUAGAAUUUGGGAGCCGACGGCGAUCUCCGGGCAGCAGCAAUCGGAAUGGGUCGCAAAGCAGGUUCGAUAUACAUUAAUCCAAAGAAAUUUGGUGCUUUUCACAAACCUUGCAUGAAGGAAAUGGUUACAUUUCUCAGUUGCUUGGCUCUUAAUAGCAACUGUGAUGAGAAGUGUGUAAGGCAGAAGGAUCUUCUGGGUACUUGCAUGGAAUCUCAGAGCCAGAAAAACAAGUCAAUGGGAAGCAUUAAUUACCACUUGCAGAGGCUAAGCAGAGGAAGGAAGUAAUCAGUGUCUGGUAGGGUAAAAAACUUAAAAUUAAGGUCUGAAUCAAAGGAUUAUCGGGUGGCAGAUGAUAAGUUUGGGAAGCUGUUUUAUUGCUGCAAUCUACAAUGCUCCAUUUUGAGAAAUUGUGGAUGUAUUAUUUCAACAAUUGUAUUUAUAGAGUUAUGUUUCAACGAAUUUUGUAAUAAUAUGUAUACCAGUCUUUGACUUGGUACUUGGUUGAGUGAAGAUUUAAGUUCUGGAUCUUUAUGGUCACUUGAACUCGUGGUCCUCGUAAUCUGUAAGAAAAGUUAGGAUUUCUGUUAACAUUGGUUAUAUCAAAUGUUAGAAACCCUGAUGCA